UUAAUUCGCCAUCCCGUCCUGCCUCGCGUCUGUUCGUUGCCCGCCGCCGAUUAAGAUAGCAACCGUCCCAUCACCUCGUCCCGGCCCAAUCUCCCUGCGAGCCUCCCCCCGCGCCAUGUCCGAAGGGCCUAAUCCCACCGUGGGCGCCGAGUCGCCGGGCGCCCACAAGGCCAGCGCGCCGAAAGACAGGAACUGCCCCUACUGCGGCCAGGCGUUUACCUCCUCUUCCCUCGGCCGACAUCUGGAUCUCUACAUCAAAGAGAAGAACCCCAAGCCGCCCGAUGGCAUCCACGACGUCGACGCCAUUCGGAAGAUGCGAGGGAGCAUCACCCGUAGGCAGCCGAGAGGCUCCCUCGCUCACCAGAAGAACGGCUCCGCCCCGGGCACACCGACGGCGUCUUCGAGAAGGAGCCCCGGCACCGACUCCGGCGGCGUAAAGCCCUCCGCGAUGCCGAAGGAUGGCCAGUUCGUCGUCGAUAAGCAGACGGCUAAGUAUCCCUUCCAGCCGACGUGGGAGAGCACCGGUGUGAUCAACGAUAUACCUACGAGGAAUGGGGAAUUGAAGAGUAGCUUCGACGAGGGCGCCGGCCAGGACUUGUCCCGGCGGCCUGGGCUGCAGCGUGCACCGAGCAGGACCGUCCAAAAAUCCCAAUUGGAUGCGAGGCAGAAGCUUGUCGAUGCUAUGGACACGGCGAGGGCUGCCGAAUUGGCUCUCCGGGAACUGCUCAGCUCGUGGCGAGCUGCCAAAUUGAUUAGGCAACAAAUCGACAUGGAUUCUCUCCCCUUCGACUUCGAUCCCCUCUCUCUCGACUUUCCCGCCCUCACCCUGCAGUGCCUGCAGGCCCCGCCUACGCUCUUCUCCUCCACACCGCAUCCGACGCCGACUUCGUGGUCUAUACAACCCCCGGCGAAGAAGCAGUUCGACGCCCUACAGACAUACUUCCAGGAAGAGUUCAGGAGAUGGAGGGUGACGUGCUCUAUGGCAACGACGGCGUCAAGCGAAGAUCUGACGUUCCCGCCCUCGGAGAACCACGCCCCUCGGGAUGUGCGCGAGAGCGUGAAGAAGGCGGAAGGGGCAGCGGCUGCGCUCGAGGCGCAGGUCCGCGAACAUCUACAGUCGGCCUACAACGUCUGGGAGCAACUCCCUGCGCAGAGGAAAACGGAACUCUGGGGCCUCGAGCUGGCGAGGAGCGUGGGGAGGAAGCAGAAGGAUGUGGAGAAGCUGAAAGAAAGCCAGCAUCUACUCAAACAAGAAAAUGCGAACCUCAAGACCCAGAUUGACCAGCUUAAUCGUCUGCAGCAGCCGAGGGAAUUUAGGAUAGUCACCCCAACGACGUUCCCCAUAGAGCAGUCACUGCUCUCGUACUUGUUAGACAUGGGUUAUAAGGGUCGUCAGGGGGUUGGCCUUCACACCGAAGAUCGCCAUGUAGACCUCGACACUGUAGUUUCUCGCGCUAUUGACCGGUGGAAGUCUGUCAUCGUCUCGACGAGGGGAGUCGGUAUGGCUGGACAGCGGUCGCUCGAGCAAGCAACGCCCACUCCGACGAGCACCACCUCUAACCCUACACCAGCUCCUCCGUCUCAACCCGCCGCAGCAAACCCGCAACAACAACCACCGCAACCGCAGCGAUCCGUCCCCACGCCGACAACCAUCCAGCAGACCGACAUUCAGCCCGUGACGACGGUGGUCACGGCGCCUAGCGCAUCUAUCGAGACGGAGGACAACAGUGAUCAAGAUGCCGAUGCGGAGAUGGAGGACGACGAAAGCUUCACACCUAUCACGCCCAUCAUCACGAAGCCGCUGCCGACGCAACAGCAGCAUCAGACCCUUCAGCAGCAGCAGCUCGAGAUGCCGCGGACGCGGGGCCGCGAACAGCAGAUGCAAAACGCGCGGUUCGCAAUGAACGGCGCGGCACCGGGCCGAGGGGGCAUCGUCGACGUACGACAGACGAUGCAGAACAUGAACAACGUCAACGUCGCCGCGACCUCGAUGCCGGCACGAAUGCACGCUCACGGGCACGCGAUGAUGAAUAACGGCGAUUACGGGGCCGCGGUCGUACAGGGCGUGACCGAGCCGAUGUAUAUGGACUGAUAGAGCAACCAGACGGGAAGAGGCUAGGGACAAAAGAAAACCAACCGAAAAAUGCAACCAAAUUUUCUACAGGGUCGGCGAUUAUUCAUUUAUUUUCCCUUCUCGGUUCCUUUAUACACGGGCGUUUUUACAAGAAAAAGCAAGAAGAGAAGGGAGAGGGGGAGAGAGGGCAAGGCCAAACCAGACGAGACGUGUCUUUUUACAGCAUUUGUGUAUGUGUGUAUGCGUGCGAGGGCGAGUAUGAAUUCAUCCCCGAGACGGGCCUAUAUUGCUACAGCUCUUUGCAAACCCCCUACGCCCCCCUUUCCUCCCCUCUGCCUCGCUAUCGCUCGACGGACGAGCAUCUCGCUGAGGUUCU